AUGGCCUCACAGCAGGAGCAGGCCUUCAAGCCUGAUACGCCUCUGGAGCCGCUCGCUAGCGCAGCAUCGCAGUCGAACCAACAACAAGCCCAACCGACGCUUCUCCCUCCUUUCCCGUACCCUCCCCGCCAAUUGGAACCGAUCACUGAAGAACGAGUGCCCUGCUAUCUCAACCGUGUGCUCGACCUUCCACUCGGUCUACAGGGCGAGAUCAUCACCGUUGCCGUCGGCGACGACGAGUUCAAAGUCCGCAAGGGGCUCCUCAGCCACCACUUCUCCGGCCUCGCCGACGCGCUGCGCGGUCGGGAUUUCUUCGACGAGCAGAAGGAGACCUUCACCCUCGACGGCGUCGCCCCAGACGUCUUCCAGCUCGCACUAGAGUACAUGAACACCGGCAAAUUCUACCCCGACAUGCAGAAGCACGACCACGGCCGGGUGUACAGAAUCUGGACGCAGAAAAAGCCGUCCCCGCUACGACUCUGCCAGUCCACGGACCUCCGCGGCAGCGAACCGCACGAUCGAAAUUCUACCCAGCAGACCGUCCCGCUGGCCUUCGACCAGCUCUUCGAUCUCUUCGUCUUCGCCGACAAGCGCGGAGCGCAGCAGAUACGCGACGCGACGCUCAGCGUCAUCCUGCAGAAGCUCGCCACCGACUACGAGCUCCCCAUGGACCUGGUCAUCGAGGUGCAAACGCUCCUGCCCGCGCGCUCCCCUCUGAUGAUGAUGCUCUGGAACGUCAUCGCAAUGUGCGUCCCUCCGAGCGCACGCGCGGAGUAUUUUACCGAUAUUGACGACCCCGCCGUCGCGGAGGCAGUCGGGGAGGCGUUCCUAGUGACAAGUUCGGCGGCGCGGUUCGUGGGGCGCAACGAUGAGGCUGGGUAUAAAAUCGAUGCUUGCAUGUGGCAUUGCUUCGACUGCAGCAAGUCUGCUGAUGCAGCUGACGACCGGCGGCUAGAGUGGGCUCCGCCGUUUCACCAGUUUUCUAUAUUUGCGCUUUCCACUACGUAGGUCCGCAUGCGGAUGAGGACGGUUAACCCGCGUCACAUUUAU